GUGUAUUUGGAUACAAAGUCAGCCUCAGGAGCUGACAGCCCGGUCCAUGGAAUAGAUCGUCUUUCUCACAGAUAAAGGAAGCGGUGGCAGAAACGAUUCGAGUGAGAUGGACGACGGACCGACUAUCUGACCCAGCUGGGAGAAAGAUUAAAAGAGCAUCCUUCAGUGGAAUUCGAUGAUGUGUAGGGAAUAUUUCAGCAUUAUGAUACGCCCAUGCGACGAGCUGUAUGGAUGUUGUGAUGUACAGUGAGCGAUCCAAGCAACCCUAAACAUACAUCUGAAUUCAGAAAACCGGUUGUUUUGGGCUGGAAGGACGCAGGGAUACUUUCUCACUGAUCUCUGGAUUACAAGAAAUAUUGUGGAAGAAUCUAGAAAGGAACUAGGUGGCUAUUAUUAUUAUUAUUGGUGUUAUUAUUAUUAUUAUUAUUAUUAUUAUUAUUAUUGUAAAGAUGGUGGACACAUUUUGUGUUGGCUUUUAUUUGGGCAACAUAAACGCAUUCUUGAGAAUUUCGUCGCCUAAUCGCUACGACCUGGAUAAAAGUCAUCUUUAUGCAAGCCAUCUGCAUCACUCUCAUUCUUCAUAAAAUUAUCUCAAUUAUCGCUGUAUCAUAAUAAUAAUCCAAUACCAAGCCGAAGUUCCGCUUAAGAUUGUUAAACAUUUCAAUUUAUAUACGCAUCUGACAUGAAUCAACUGCUCGAUGACAAUAAAAAUAUCUACAGUUGAAAUGACAAUCAUGGAAAACGAGGACGAAAUGAUCGAAAUAAGCACUUGCACAUGCGCUUCAUAGAAAUAACCCAAACUGACAGUCGCUUUUGUUUAUGACUUGGAUUAAAAUGCAAACAGUAGACGUGUAGUAGCUAUAGCAACGUUUAUUGAUGAAAUAUUAAUAUGCAUUUCCAAAUAUUCAAAACGCUAAAUGGCUAGAAUACAUUAUGUAUGUCGACUAAAGGCUCUGCCAUCUCUCUGUUGUGAUUCUCAUCUUAAAAUGGACGCGCGCUUUCCUUAAAGGCUAUUUAGAGACUUGAACUCUCUUAUAGCGUUCGCGAUGUACCGGAUUUGCACGAGACAAGAGAAACGUGAAGUGAAUAUUACGAAUGUGCAAAUUAUUGUGGAUGUUUUGAGAUCGCGAGCUGGCGCAUCCCUGUGAGCCUAUCAGAGCUGAAUGUCCGAAGAUGCCUUAAGCCUGCGCAUGCAUGUGUUUAAGGCUAUUAAUAUUCAUUAACAUCCAUUGCAAAGAGCAACAUCGAUGUGCAUUUACAAAUAUGAGAGUUUUACAUGGAUUAGAGGUUAGGACAACAUUCCAGUGCAAGCUAUUUAGAUGGAAUUUAACCCCUACUAGAUCAUGAUAUGUGAUGUAGGGCAAAUUAUCAGAAGACCCAUCUAGUUUUUGUUUUAUCCUCUAGUAGCUAAUAUUCUUUUAGUUAAGGAUUCUGCUGUUACAAGGAGACUAUCCAAGGCCUUCAAAGAUUCUUCUAAUGGAAAAGCCCAAUGCUGUCUGUCAAGGAACCAAAAAGAAAACAUUCUCACGUCUUGAUGGACUGGGUAUUCUCACCUAAUCUCGAGGACUUGAGAAAAACUACUCUUCAUCCUAGUCAUAUUAGAGCUGUAAGCACACAUUGACUGACUACAAUGGCUCUAUAAAUGUUAAGACACAUGCAAAGUGUGCUCUGGACAAUCCAAGUAACCGGUGAGGACAUUGAAGGGGCAGCCCAGCAGAAGCUUUACUCGUUCAUUUCUUCCCUCAUUAAGAAGGCCUGCACUCAGUAGAUGGGCUCUGCAUGGAUAUUGUGCGCAAGUUGACAGAGGGCCUCCUCCAGCUUUUGAGACCUCAUCGCUGACCUGUGCACUCAGUGAUGGACCCAUAUACAAGACUGAGUGGAGUAGGAGCUGGAGGUGGUGGCAGUGCUGCCCCACUACCUUGCACCAACAUUGGAGGUUCCUGUGGACCCCCAGUUCCCCCUGUGCUCCCAGCAAGUGCAAAUUCAAUACCCUGCUUGACACACAACAGCAGCAGCCGGAACUCCUCUACUCUUCCAUCCUCAGUGGGAUCCCCAGAUUCCCAUCUUCCCCAUCAUCAUGAAGGCAUUAACACUUACUGGACAGCUGUCUUUGAUUAUGAGGCUACAGCGGACGAGGAGCUAACCUUGCGACGUGGCGACCUAUUGGAGGUGCUCUCCAAGGACUCCAAAGUGUCUGGAGAUGAGGGCUGGUGGACUGGAAAGAUCCAAGACAAGGUGGGCAUAUUCCCUAGUAAUUAUGUGACCCGACGGGAUGCCAGCUAUCCAGCAUUGCCUCCGGGAGGUCUGGUCGGUGGGGAGUCACCACUAGAGAUUGAUUUCUCAGAGCUGUGUUUGGAGGAAGUGAUCGGUGCCGGCGGCUUUGGAAAGGUGUAUAGGGGUGUGUGGCGAGAUGAGGAAGUGGCUGUUAAAGCGGCUCGUCAGGACCCAGAUGAGGACAUCAGUGCCACAGCAGAGAACGUGAGGCAGGAGGCCAGACUCUUCUGGAUGCUCCGACACCGCAACAUCAUCGCUCUCCGAGGUGUUUGCCUGCGGGAGCCAAAUCUUUGCCUGGUUAUGGAAUAUGCCCGUGGUGGAGCACUUAACCGGGCACUUGCUGGGAAAAAGGUGCCUCCUCGGGUACUGGUGAACUGGGCAGUGCAGGUUGCGACUGGAAUGGACUACUUGCACAACCAGACUUUUGUGCCAAUCAUCCAUCGAGACCUCAAAUCCAGUAACAUUCUGAUUCUGGAGCCCGUGGAGAGAGACGACCUGAGUGGAAAGACUCUGAAGAUCACAGACUUUGGGCUUGCUCGGGAAUGGCAUCGCACCACAAAGAUGAGCGCGGCGGGGACGUAUGCCUGGAUGGCUCCAGAGGUCAUCAAGCUGUCCCUGUUCUCAAAAAGCAGCGAUGUAUGGAGUUUUGGAGUGUUACUCUGGGAGCUGCUGACUGGUGAGGUGCCGUACCGUGAAAUUGAUGCUUUGGCUGUGGCCUACGGAGUUGCCAUGAACAAGCUGACCCUUCCCAUCCCCUCCACCUGCCCCGAGGCCUUUGCACAGCUGCUGGGAGAGUGUUGGUGUCCUAACCCACAUGGGCGUCCAUCUUUUGGGAGUAUCCUGAAGAGACUGGUGGACAUUGAGCAAUCAGCCAUGUUCCAGAUGCCCUUGGAGUCUUUCCAUUCCCUGCAGGAAGACUGGAGGCUGGAGAUCCAGCAGAUGUUUGAUGAACUACGAGCAAAGGAGAAGGAGUUGCGAUCCUGGGAGGAAGCUCUGGCACGAGCAGCUGAGGAGCAGAGGGAGCAAGAGGAGCAUCUGAGGAGGCGCGAGCAGGAGUUAGCCGAGCGGGAGAUCGACAUUGUGGAGAGAGAGCUCAACAUCAUCAUCCAUCAGAUGUAUCAAGAGAAACCACAUGUUAAAAAACGCAAAGGCCACUUCAAAAAGAGCAGACUACUCAAACUCGGCAGGGACAGCAACUGCAUCAGUCUGCCAUCUGGUUUCGAGCAUAAGAUCACAGUGCAAGCGUCACCCAGCGUGGACAAGAGGAAAAGUCAGGGUAGCGAAAGCACCACUCCUCCAGCCAGUCCAGGGGUCAUUCCUCGCCUCAGAGCGAUACGCCUGACACCCAGUGAUGGGAGGAAGACGUGGGGCCGGACGGCUGUGUGUAAGAAAGAGGACCUAGGGACCAAGAAGAAGGGCCGAACAUGGGGGCCCAGCUCCACCCAUCAGCGUGAGAGAGUCGGGGGCGAGGACAGGUUAAAAUCACUCGGGGAGGGCAAGGUCUGGUCCUCCAGCGCCCCAAAUCUGGGGAAGUCUCCAAAACAUGCUCCUAUAACAGCUGGAUUCUCAAGUCUAAAUGAAAUGGAGGAGCAUUGUGAGUUUGAUGACAGUUCUCCAGGACGUCUGGCUCCUGACCUGGGCAGUAAUGGAGCGAUGGAGGAGGUGGGCUCAGGAUCAGCGGGUACAGGGCCGGGCUCACAGGACACGGUUCGACGCUGCAGCCAGAGGAAGAAGAGUGACCUGCUGCUGCUGGGCUGUGCCUCCAUACUGGCCGCUGUGGGUCUCGGUUCUGACAUCUUCCAGCUGGGACGACAACAGAUGAGUCAAGAUGAGCAGGACCCGCGAGAGGAGCAGAGGAAGAAGAAAGAGGGCCUGUUCCAGCGCACGGGUCGAUUCAGACGCAGCACCUCUCCACCCAGUCGCACACUGUCUCUCUCCCUGUCCCACAACCGGCAUCACGACUCCACCCUGCCCAGCAUGGACCCGUCUCCCUCCGUUACGCUCCUCUCCCUUUCCUCUCUCUCCGACUGCAAUUCCACCAAGUCCCUGUUGCCGUCUGAUCCUGAUGACUUUGCCCCGACCCCUAGUAGUGCUCUUCCGGUGGUCUCUCCUGCGCCGUCAUUAAACCCUCUGCUGGACCUGAGGGCAGAGAGCUUCAAACGAGAGCCCAACCAGUCGCUCACACCCACCCACGUCUCUGCAGCAAUGGCAUUAAACCGUGGGCACCGCCGCACACCCUCUGAUGGGGCCAUUCGUCCUCGAGCGCAGACGGUCGUGGGGCAUCGCCGCACCCCUUCUGAUGGGAGUAUGCCUUUCCCCCCCGCACCAGCCCCGACCAUCACAUCAUAUACAGGUUCUCGUGAAACUCUUGACAUUCCACGCCUACCUGACCCGUCUAUGGUCUUCCCCUCAGUCCAUCGGCGCAAACCCCCUCCUCCAAUACCCGUGCCAGAGCCGGACAGCCAUACGGGCACUCUCGAGCGUCCCAAAACCCUCGAGUUCGCACCCCGCCCCCGCCCCACCCCAGCUCGGGCACGUCCGGACCCGUGGAAACUAUCAUCUCUGUCACAGACGCUCAGUUCAUCUCCAGGUAGCAGCUGUGACAGUCCGCUGGGCUCGGGUGACAGCGGAGUGAGCGCCGGGGUGAGUGCCGCCCAUCAGAGCCUUCUCGACAUGGACAUGGAGGGCCAGAGCCAGGACAGCACCAUUCCCCUGUGCGAACACCCGCAAGGCACUCUCUGCGGUCAGAAUUUCUCAUAGAAAGACAGAAGCCCCACCGCCUGGGUCGAUGCACCCUCAACCAGCACUCUGUGGCCGUCCUAAGAGGUUUUCCCACAGUUUGCCCUGUGAUCCCAUCAGACCGCACUCUCUGGCAGCUCUAAUGGAAAAGCUGCCCUCUGCAGUAGCUAGACAGAUGCCUUCUGGACAGGUUAAGCGAUAAAUGACCUCGAUCGGUUUAUUUCAGAGUGUCCGCAAUGACUCAUUGUCUCCGAGUUUAAUGGGCCUCAUAACAGCCGAGGUCGGUUGGUUAAGUGGCGGCCGAUUUCAGAAGCUUUAUCACAAAUGGAGCAGGAGAGGGCAGUCUAACUACUGUAGGUCUGUGACCUUCCUCGUUUUGUUCAUAUCUCUGUUAUCGUAGCGCCUCUUCCUCAUCAUGGUCUCCGUGGACACAACCUGCUUUUCGGCCUGAAAAUGACAAGUUCCCUCCAGUGUGUACAUUGUAAAGUUCAGUGAUGCUUUCUGUAAUUAUAAUCAGGAGAAUCGUGUAUGCAAUUAAUUGCAGCGACACAGGGAGCUCUUUUACGAGUUGCAUACGUUGUAAUAUACUGAUCUAAAAAUAGGUGUACUAUAAGAAUUUUCUAUUUUUC